AUGGGUUCAGCUAAUAGAAGUCUUAGUAUUAGCCAUUUUGGUAACACUAGUACUGGUGCUAGUGCUACAAUAUUUUCAGCUGUCUUAUACUGGAAUUUUUCUAGAAUUUUUUUUGCAACUUUAUUAAAUUUCAAUAUGGUUAUUGAUGUAAUUAAACCUUUCAAUUUGGAUUCUGUAUUCAGUCCUUCGUUGAAUUUUGUUGUUUGUAUUGCAAUGUCUUAUCUUGUUACCUAUGAUAAAGAUUUUGUGAGAUAUAUUGCCAACAAAAACAUUAACAAUAAUAAUGAUAUACCUGGCUUCCAAGCAGAGAUUAUUUA